ACAAGAUCCCAGAUGUGUUUGUUUUUGUCCCGUGUAAAUAUUCAUUUAUUUUUUGAAUACAUUGAAAUAAUUGAAUCUCUUUUUUUCCAUUUUCAAAUUAAAUAUACCUUCCUGCAACCCGCCUCACUCAAUGUGGUACGGAUCUGCUUAUAACUAGAAUGGCCGAUUUAAUUAGGGCCGAUUUCAAGUUUUCAUAACAACCCGAAAUCGGUAUUUUUGGGCCCCGAUUAGAUUUUUAAUGAAACAUUUUAUACCUUUAUUUAACUAGGGAAGUCAGUUAAGAACACAUUCUUAUUUUCAAUGACGUCGUAGGAACGGUUGGUUAAUUGCCUUGUUCAGGGGCAGAACGACAGAUUUUCACCUUGUCAGCACGGGGAUACAAUCUUGCAACCUUACGGUUAACUAGUCCUACGCUCUAACCACCUGCCUCUCGUUGCACUCCACAACUGCCUGUUACGCGAAUGCAGUAGAAGCCAAGGUUGCAGGAGCUGACAGUCUGCUCAGAAGACACUGUGGAUGUGCACAAUAUAGAGCUCAUGCAGUACAUCAACGUGGACUGCUCCAAACUUAAAAGACUGCUCCAAGAAACGGUAUUAAAAUUCAAAGCCCUGAAGAAACCUGCCCAACUUGCCGUCAUUAACAGUUUGGAAAAGGCCCUGCUCUUCAACCCCACCAAGUCCUUCUCUCGCGGGGCAGGCAGCCAGAACGCAGACGUGGACCUCAUGAUCGACUGCUUCGUCUCCUGUUUCCGUAUCAACCCUCACAACAAUCAGCACUUUAAGGUCUGUUUGGCCUCCGCCUCCCCCUCUACCUUUCACUUUGUCCUGGUCAACUCCCUGCACAGAAUCAUCACCAAUUCUGAUCUGGACUGGUGGCCUAAGAUUGAUGCAGUGUACUGCUACUCUGGAGAGCUGCGACUGAUGUUCUCAGACACUCUGAGCCGAUUGAUGCAAGGCCUUCACACACAUUGUAACGGUUUUGACUUGAGGUUAUUAUUUAUAGGGGUGCCAGGUAGGUCGUGCCUACCAGAGAGAACAUUGGUUUCUCCUUUUAGUUUGGGUGGGAUUGAGUCCCAUCUGGUCCGUCAAGUCUACACCAAUACAAAGGACUUAUGUAAAAGUCAGGAUGGAAAUAAACUUUUCAUAAACCCUUAAAACAUUGGGAAGAACUUCAAAACAACUAUAUUCUUUUGCGUGGGUUGUAUUAGCAACAACAAUGAUUACACACACACAUAUAAUAAUAUCACAAUGAGUUCUGGUUCCUCCAGAAAUGUCCUGUACCUCGGGCCUAAAAAGAGUCCAGCCCGGUAAAGGAGUUCAGUGAACUCAAGUGACUUUUGUCACGCAAUGUUUGUCCGUUCAUUCAGUGUAGCGUAAACCCAGUACUAAACACAAUCAAUAUAACAAUAAUUUUACCACAGAACUUUAAAGCGUAUCAACUCUUACUAAGUCCUCAACUACAACUAACUACAUAAAUCAUCACAGUAUACCUCACAUCAAAACAAAUGAAAUACUGUAUACAAAAAGGUGGUAGUCAGUCGGUCAGUCAGACAAUCCAAUCCGCCAAUAGAUCUCCAGCGGAGAAAGGCCACGAAGAACAGAGGGGUGUAGUCCACGGCCGCAAAGAGUGGAUCCGAUCCUGGGUAAACUCUCUUAGGCUACAAAACACACGUUUAACGGCAACAAAACAAACGGAAUAGAGAAGCUUCGGGAACUGAGGGUUGAACACAUCCUCAUUCACGUCUCCAUCACAACCCCACUUUUGUGCAGCUGAUGCUGGCUAUUUAAUCAGGAAUUAAAGGGAAAGCGUCCUAUUGGAAGGAGCUGCACUGAGACUGUUCAGAAAAAUUCAGGGCCGUCACAACAUGCCCCACUAAGCAUGACGCCGGUGAGAAAGGGACUACACACACAUUCACACUCACUUUCACACCAAUCGUUUGAAACACCUUUUGUUUUCCUGUGUAAGCGAACCUCUUAGGAAAAGUAUGUAUUAGCUACACCUAAAUUUACAACUUCUCUCU